AUGAUCCUUUUGUGUAAAACAAAUAUUGCAAAAACCCUAAAUUGGGUGGAAUGUGAAUGGGGAAAUCGAUCCUAAGUACGGUCAGAUUCGCAGAGUUGGCAAUUAGACUUUCUUCCGAGAAUCCAAGCAGACGACCCACCACUCCUCCACGUAACAAAGUCUUCGUCAAGAAGGCGAGAGAGACGAAGCUCGGCGAUUACUCCAAUCUCGUUAAGCUGGAGAAGGCGGGAUCGCACUCGGGUUCGAAUCCCGCUCCUCCGGGUUCGGAUCCGAAUCGGGUUCCUCUCGCUCAGGUCGUGGAGGAUUGCGUGAGGCGGUGGUUCCAGGACACGCUCAAGGAAGCCAAAUCGGGAGACGUUGGUAUGCAGGUCUUGGUUGGGCAGAUGUAUUGCAGCGGAUAUGGGAUCCCUAAAGACGAACACAAGGGUCGUGCUUGGAUCAACAAAGCUUCAAGAACUCGAUCAUCAGCUUGGCAAGUGAGUGAUAAGCCUCCAGGUUAUAAUGCAAGCGAUUCUGAUUCCAAUGAUAAGAAAGAAUGAUGAUGACGUUUUGAAUGUUUGUAAUCCUGGAAUCAUCACCAGUGUCUUUGAUUUGUUAGUUUCUCUCCCCCUUUGGUUGUAUCUUCUUGCUAUAUUAUUCAUAUUUUGAAGCUUUGUUGUCAUUUGAAUGGCUUAAAAGAUGGCUAAGUCAUGAUGAUCUUUGUCAUUGUCAUUA